AACCAACCAAAAAUGUGGGCCAUAACACUGAAUCUCAUAGAACCUAUCGUGAAUUUUUCGUUCAACACAAAGUUCAAAAGCAUUUAAUCAUUUGGCCAUUAGCACAGUUGUUCAAAAUCAUUUAUCAGCAGCUCGUUUUCGACCACUAUUUUUUCAUCAGCUACUUCCCUCGUUCAAGUGUAAUGGCAGAAACAACAAAAGGGUAUGCUGUUGUGACGGGAGCAAAUAAGGGAAUUGGAUUCGCAAUAUGCAAGCAAUUGGCUUCAAAUGGGUUCACUGUGGUACUCACAGCCAGAGAUGAGAAGAGGGGUGUUGAAGCUGUUGAGAAACUCAAAGAACUUGGUCUCCCUGGCCAUGUGCUUUUUCAUCAACUUGAUGUUACUGAUCCCAAAAGUAUAACAUCGCUGGCAGAUUUCAUCAAAAACCAGUAUGGGAAACUGGAUAUCUUGGUAAACAAUGCUGGAAUUCCUGGAGCACAUGUGGACGGUGAGGCUUUGUCUGCUGCUGGCAUUAUGGAAAAUGCUGGUCGUGUUGAUUGGAGUAAAAUAGUGACUGAAACCUAUGAAUUAGCUGAAGCAGGUCUUAAAACAAACUACUAUGGAGUCAAGGAAUUAACCAAAACACUUAUUCCCCUUCUUCAGUUUUCAAGCUCUCCAAGAAUUGUGAAUGUUUCCUCAUCCAUGGGAAGGCUUGAGAAUAUGAAGGAUGGAAGGCCUAAAGAAGUACUUAGUGAUGCUGAAAACCUUACAGAAGAAAAGAUUGAUGAGAUUUUGGAUGAAUUUUUGAAGGCCUUUAAAGAGGGUUCACUAGAAAGCAAAGGUUGGCCUCAGGCAAUGUCUGCAUAUAGUGUCUCAAAAGCUGCUCUUAAUGCCUACAUAAGGAUUUUGGCAAAGAAGUAUCCCUCGUUCUUCAUCAAUGCUGUUUGUCCAGGCUAUGUGAAAACAGAUAUAAACUACAAUACAGGUUUUCUCACACCUGAUGAAGGUGCUGAAGCUGCAGUGAGAUUGGCACUGCUACCAGAUGGUAGCCCUUCUGGCCUUUUUUUCUUUAGAAGUGAAGAGAAACCAUUUUGAUCAUCAAUUGUUCCUCCAAAACCAGAAUAAAUUAUGGGUAAUACAUGAAGUCAUGGUUGUUAUUACACGGAAAAUG